GAAUAUGUAACCGAUUUAACCAAUACUAAUCAGUUUAAAUUACACCGCCUUUUGUAGUUGAGCAUCAUUCUCAACUCGUCGCUUAUAUCUGUACGAGGUCUUAAUUCCACCCCGCAAAAAAAUCACAAUGCGAUUCAUUUUCUCAAAAAUUGGGCUAUUUUUCUUUGUCAGUUUCGCGUUUUCAAAUUCGCUUUCAGUCGUCGACAGCUUGGAAAAUGUUGAGUUCAAGGAGAAACAUUUGCGCGAAAGUGAUUCCGAUGAUGAAAAUGAUCACAUAGUUGGUGGAACAGCAGCUGCCCCUGGAGAAUUUCCAUUUCAAGCAGCCUUGAGCCUCAAUGGUGGUUUGUGCGGAGGAACUUUGAUUUCAGAAUCCAUUAUUUUGACAGCAGCGCAUUGCCUGAGCCGUCAAACAGCUGCCUCUACCACCAAAUUCAGUGUGACCGUCAACACCUUAUCGUUGAGAGGCGGAGCCAAUGCCGUCAAGCGAAGAGUGAGAAAAUUCGUCGUUCACGGCUCUUACAAUUCCAAAACGAACGAUAACGAUAUUGCUUUGUUGGCUUUAAGUCUACCGAUAAAGAACGUCGCGUUCGUUAAGCUUCCGUCAGCCUCGGCCGGUACUUACGCAGGCAAUUCGGCGGUUAUUGCCGGAUGGGGUACAACAUCUUCCGGAGGGCGCAUCUCGCAAACUCUGCUCAAAGCUACGGUCACGGUUUUGGAGAAUGCAGCUUGCAACAAAAAAUACGGCGGGAAAAUUACCAGUAACAUGAUUUGUGCCGCCGCUCCGGGUAAAGACACCUGUCAGGGUGACAGUGGUGGUCCCUUGCUAGUUAGAGGAGUUCAAGGGGGCAUCACCAGCUUCGGAUAUGGCUGCGCUGAUUCAAAAUUUCCCGGCGUGUACACUCGAGUUUCAAAUUACGUCGAUUGGAUCAAGAGAACCUCGGCUAACAUUUUUAAAAUGGCACGAUAAGGCAGAGGAAAAAAUCGGAGCGCCCCCUUGCCAGCCCCCUGCAGUAAUUACAUUAUAUAAUUAAUUAUAGAAUUUUUCUCUUAUAAAAUUAUUAAAAAAAUUCUAUAUUUCAUUUGAGGGCAAUCAAUUUUGUUAUUGGUAUUCGGGUCUGUUUGGAGAAGCUUUGGAAAUUAUUUGGCAUGUGUUAUGGUCUACAUGAGAAUAGGGUACUUGUAGAAAUUGCAUAAAAAUACUUUUUAGUUUUCCUUCAAAAUUAUCAAAAGAAGUCGAAUAUAUCCUUACCCAACGUUUAGCUUGCCCAAAAUAAUCAGACGGCGAUUAGUUGCAUAGUCGGUUGUACAUUUCGGCGGAAAUUCCAGCUGAUGGAUGUCGCCUCGUGCUUGAUGGUUUAAUUACAAAGCAUGUGAUGAGUAAGAAAAAAAAAAAAAUAAAGAAAACCAAAAGGUGCGUUAACAUCGGCCACAUCAACAGAUCUUAAUAAUUUUUCCUAAAGUUAAUAUGUCGGUAAUAUUGACACUAGCGAAAUUCGGUUAAACGGGAAAACAAAAUCGCUAUGAAUUAUUUUCAAGAAAAAAUAUUCGACAGGGAUAUCUGUAUAGUUAACUGAUCGUCAGACGUCAUUCGAAUACAAAAGCGACAAACACUUUGUGAUGCAAUAUAAAUAAAGAAAGAGUCAGUUAAAUUUGACCGACCAAAACAAGAGAAGUCGAGAAUGAGUGCAGGCUCAAAAGUCAAAACGGCCUCCAUUCUUGGCACCCAAAACCGCAGCCAAACUGGUAACCUAUCCCACACUACUGUUUCCAUUGAUGUAAUCAGCUAACAAGGUACAAGAUUGAGUUACAAGCUUGGGUGAUGCUUAAUAUAGUAGGGGAGAGUGGGGCGAUCUGGCGUUCGGGUCGGUUGGCUCAAUUGAUUUCUUGAUGGAUUAGAAUUGCAAUAAAAUAUUGAAAAAAUCAGGAGAUGUAGAUGUUAGUAAUGCGCAUUUUAAAACCAAAUUUCAUGGUAGUACGACGAACGGUUGAGGAAUGAAAGGUAAAAUAAAUUUUUCGUCUUAAAAUUGGGUCGUCCUACUUUGACUUUCGAAUCAAAUAUCGGCUUUCCCGAUUACUUUAAAA